AUGAUGCGCAGUCGGCACUGGUCAGCGCUCUUCUUCCAUGCCAUCAUCACUUCCAGCAUCAUUACGCUGAACUGCGUCAGCGGUGCUGUUGAUCAGCAGAUCGACGUUUCGAUGGUUUGUAAGCCAGGAUAUCGGGUAUCCGGAAUUCAACGUCCUUCGCUUUUCAACGGAAAAUUAAGCUCUUUGACAAUACAGUGUGAGCUUAUCGAACCGGAUGCGCCAAAGGUCCUACGCUUUUCAACUUACUAA